AUGUCGCUUCACCACCUGGCCUACCCGGUUCCGUUCAGCAAAGUCGAGGACGAGGUCGCCUUCCUCCUCGCCGCAUUUGGGCACAUGGGCCUGAAGGAAGUCAUGCGCCCUGCCCCCGGUGUGGUUGGCCUGGGCGAGUUUGGGCCGUGGCUGUGGGUGACGGGCAUCGAGGAGCGGCAGCCCAUCUCUGAUGAGAACAAGAUCCUGAGGAACCAUGUGGCUCUGCACGCUAAAGAUCGCGCACAAGUCGACGCCUUCCACGCCGCGGCACUCAAGGCAGGGGGCACCGACAACGGCGGACCAGGCGAACGGCCCGAAUAUGCCCCAGGCUACUAUGCGGCGUUCAUCCUCAGUCCCAGCGGCCACAACUUUGAAUGUGUCAUGUUCUCCCACCCCGAUGCGAGAGGGGGCUAA